AUGGCUCGAGGAGGAAACCGCGGAGGCGGUCGUGGCGGCGGAGGUCGUGGUCGUGGUCGCGGCGGAGGAGGCCGUGGCCGUGGAGGUGGCCGUGGCGGCGGAGGACGCGGAGGAGGCCACAACGGUGCUCCCAGGCAGUCCUACAGUCACGGCGACCAGAAGAACGCCCGUCUCGAGGCUUACUACAUCGACCAGGGCAUCCUCGACCCUUCCGAAUGGGCCACCUUCAUGGACUACCUCCGUACGCCCCUCCCCACCACCUUCCGCCUCACCGCAGGCAAGGAGACCACCCCACAGCUCCUCAAGGCGCUCCAGGACAUCUACAUCCCCUUCCUCUCCAACGUCACCUUCGACGGCGAAAAGGUAGACCCACCCAAGCAGCUGCCCUGGUACCCCGACGGCCUCGGAUGGCACCUCAACACAAAGAAGACCGUCAUCCGCAAGUCGCCCGAGUUCAAGCGCUUCCACCAGUUCCUCGUACACGAAACCGACGUCGGCUCCAUCAGCCGUCAGGAGGCCGUCUCCAUGCUCCCGCCCCUCUUCCUCGACGUACAGCCUCACCACCUCGUCCUCGACAUGUGCGCCGCUCCCGGAUCCAAGACCGCACAGCUCAUCGAGUCGCUCCACUCGCCCUUCACCUCGGGCCCCAGCACCUACAACCCCAUGCCCACCGGUCUCGUCAUCGCCAACGACUCCGACACCAAGCGCGCCCAUAUGCUCGUCCACCAGUCCCAGCGCCUCCCCUCGCCCAACCUGCUGGUCACCAACCUCGAUGCGUCCAACUACCAGUCCAUCCAGGUCCCUUACAAGAGUGCCGACGAGGGUGCCGAGGUCGUCCAGACUGCCAUGCAGUACGACCGCAUCCUGGCCGACGUCCCUUGCUCCGGUGACGGCACCAUCCGCAAGAACGUCCCCAUCUGGAAGGAGUGGACGCCCAACAACGCCGUCGGUCUCCAUGCGCUCCAGCUCAAGAUCCUCAUCCGCGGCCUCAACCAGCUCCGCGACGGAGGCCGUCUCGUCUACUCGACGUGCUCCAUGAACCCCAUCGAGAACGAGUCGGUCGUGGCCGAGGCCCUCCGUCGCUUCGAGGGCAAGGUGCGCAUCGUCGACUGCAGCUCGCGUCUGCCCGAGCUCGUUCGCCGCCCCGGUCUCACCACCUGGAGGGCCGCUCCCGGCCGUGGCGCCCACCUCUUUGGCAAGUCCAAGUACGCAAAGCAGAAGGCGGCCAAGUCGGCUGCCGCCGAUGCCGCCGCUGCGGACGGCGAGGGCGACAUCGUCGAUGCCGACAUGAAGGAUGCCGAGGGCGAAGUGGAUGAGGCCAUCGUCGACGUCGAGGACGCCGAGAACGAAGCUGCCAACGGUGGCGCUCCCGCUGCACCGGAGCCCGAGAUCGGCUCGGCAGAGUACCGCGACCGUCUGCCCGAGAUCGCCUGGAUCGACAACUGGGACCAGCUCAACGAGCUCGAUGCCGACCUCGCCUCGCGCACGCCCAAGUCCAUCUGGCCCCAGGGCGACGAGGAGCAGCUCGGCACCCAGCACUGUAUGCGCCUCUACCCGCACCUCCAGGACACCGGCGGCUUCUUCGUCGCCCUCCUCGAGAAGGUCGGCAACCCGAACGACGAGGGCAUGGCCGCCGGCAUGAUCCGUGCCAUGGACCACCUCGACGCCCACCGACCCGACGGCGAGUCGCUCACCAACGCCGUCAAGCGCGAGCUCUCGCCCGAGGCCGACGCAGACGGUGCCCAGCCAGCCGCCAAGAAGCUCAAGGAGGACGACGGCUCGGGUGUCUCGACGCCCCUCGAUGCUUCCGCAGCCGAUGCCACCGAGGCCGUUUCGGGCGACAGCGUCAAGGAGGACAAGCAUGCUGCGGAUCGCGCGCGCAAGGCGGCACAGCAGAAGGCAGUCGCUGAUGGCCACGGCGUUCCAGGCGGUCUGCCUUACAAGGAGGAUCCAUUUGCAUACAUCCCUCCCUCGAACGACCAGGUGCAGGCGUGCAAGAAGUUCUUUGACCUCAAGGACACGUUCCCGCUGCGCAACCUGCUGGUGCGCAACGAGGAUCACCAGCCUCUGCGGUCCGUCUACCUCACCUCCACCACCGCGCGAGCCGUCAUCACCGGCGGCGGUCCCGGCCGCGGCAACCACCCGCACAUGAACCCCAUCACGCUCCGACUCAUCAACUGCGGCAUCAAGAGUCUCGGCCGCCAGGACGCCGGCCGCGACGGCACGCUCGAGUGCAAGUGGAGGAUCAUCUCGGACGGUCUCUUGUCCAUCCGCCCGCACAUCGAGGAGCGCGCCGUGCUCAAGGCGCACCUCAAGGAUCUCGCCUUCCUGAUUGCCGGCCACUACCCCAUCCUCGACAACGUGCCUGGCGAGUUCGGCGAGCUGCUCAAGAGCAAGAAGAUGGGCAGCUACGUGAUCGACGUGCUGCCCUCCGAGCACGAGGGCAGGAAGCUCGACUACAAACUCAGCUUCCCCAUCUGGAGGGCCGUCAACAGCGUCAACCUCAUGCUCGACAAGCAGGAGAAGAGCGCGCUUUCGUUCCGCAUCUUUGACACGGAUCUUUCGAGUGCCGACGGUGGACGACAGUUCUCGUCGCAGCCAUCCAAGAAGGCGACCAAGGCAGCCAAGGACGCCGAGAUGCAGCAAUCGGAUGCCGAGGAUGCCGCGCGUGCGGCCCUGGCCAGCGCCAACGGUUCCACCGCCCCCGCAGUCAAGGUUGAGCUCGCCGCAUACCAGUCCGAAUACAUCCAGCUUGCGCUCGACAGCGCUAUCCUCAAGUUCGACGGACCGUACACGCUCAAGUCCGGUCGAUUGAGUCCGUACUUCUUCAAUGCCGGCCUGUUCAACACGGGUGCCAAGGUUGCCAAGGUGGCCGAGUGUUAUGCCAAGCGUAUUGUCGAGUCGGGCGUCAAGUUCGAUGUGCUCUUUGGUCCUGCCUACAAGGGGAUCCCUCUUGCUGCUGCUACGGCCAUGGCGCUGCAGCUGAACCACGGGAUCGACGUCGGAUUCUGCUUCAACAGGAAGGAAGCCAAGACGCACGGAGAGGGUGGAUCGCUGGUGGGUGCCGAGCUCAAGGGCCGUGUGCUCAUCCUCGACGAUGUCAUCACCGCAGGCACUGCCAUCAACGAGGCCAUGGACAUCUUGGCUUCUCAACCAGCCGCUGAACUGGCCGGUGUGGUCAUUGCACUCGAUCGCCAGGAAAAGUCGCAGAAGGACGGCGUUCCCGGUACCACUUCCGCCAUCACAGAGGUCGAGAAGAGGUACAACACCACCGUCUUCUCCGUCGUCACCCUCGACCAGAUCAUCGAGUUCAUGAACCGAGACAACGAGCGCUACGGCGACAAGAUCGCACAGAUGGUCGCUUACCGAGCAGAGUACGGAACCUCGCAACUCGCAAAGUCGUCAUGA